AUUAGCUCCAUGGCGGCUUCGAAAAAAUCAAAAUAAAAAACUAGCGCCAUGGCGGGGAGGGAUAAGAGGCGACGAGCGGCGCCGCUCGAAGGCGACGAGCAGCAGUUGCGGCGGAGGCUGGAGGAAGCGGCGCUCCUCCUCCGCAGGAUCAAAGGGCUUGUGCGCUGGAUCGUCGAAGAGGUUGCCGCCGGCCGCUCCCCGUCUAUAGUGCUCCACCGGUACCGGAACUAUUGCUCCUCCGCCGACUCUGCGUCCCCGUCCCCAUGGUUUAGCUUCCGCGCCCGCUCCCGGGAUCAUCUCCUUCCCGACCAAUUCACCGUCACAUCCCUCGAACAAUUUUCACCCAAAUGUGUGACAUCCGUAGACCCUGGGCGCGCGCUCGUGCGUGAUUGCAGUGCCUGCAGCUACGACAUCCCCGUCGGCACGGACGUCCUCUCUCUGCUCCACAAGGACUACCACACCUCCCGCCUCAAUGUGCUCCUGAGGGUGCUGUUCGUGGUGCAGCAGCUCCUGCAGCAGAACAAGCACUGCUCCAAGAGGGACAUCUACUACAUGUACCCCUCCAUCUUCGUAGAAGUAGCAGUUGUUGACCGUGCCAUCAACGAUAUCUGCAUACUCUUCAAGUGCAGCCGGCACAAUCUCAACGUGGUUCCUGUAGUGAAAGGUUUGGUGAUGGGCUGGAUAAGAUUUAUGGAGGGCGAAAAGAAAGUGUAUUGUAUAACAAGCGUCAAUGCUGCUUUCUCCAUUCCUGUUGACAUUGAGGCAAUCAAAGAUGUUGUUAGUGUUGCCCACUACAUACUUGUGGUUGAGAAGGAGACAGUGUUCCAGCGUUUGGCCAAUGACAAGUUCUGUGAAAGAAAUCGCUGCAUUGUUAUUACAGGAAGAGGCUAUCCAGAUAUUCCAACAAGAAGAUUCCUGCGGUACCUUGUUGAACUGCUGCAUCUGCCUGCUUAUUGCUUAGUGGACUCAGAUCCUUAUGGUUUCGACAUUCUGGCUACCUAUAAAUUUGGUUCCUUGCAAUUGGCACAUGAUGCAAACUUGUUGCGUGUCCCUGAUAUACGGUGGCUUGGAGUUUUCACAUCUGAUUUUGAAGAAUAUUGCCUUCCAGACUGCUGCCUACUUCGUUUGUCACCUGAAGAUAGGAGGAAAGCUGAAGGCAUUCUUGCUAGGUGCUAUUUACACAGGGAAGCCCCAGAAUGGAGGUCAGAGUUGGAAGCAAUGCUGCAAAAGGGUGUCAAGUUUGAGAUUGAGGCACUAUCCGCAAAUUCCAUUUCCUUUUUAUCGCAUGAGUACAUUCCCCAGAAAAUCAAACAAGCUGCUUCCAACUACUGCUCUCGCCCAUUCCUGGAGCAGGCGGCUUGAACGGAUGUAAAGUUUUUGUUGGUACUUAAUUGAUAGUGCAGUACGAUGGUUCAGGAUGGCGUAAAACUAAAACAGUUGAAGGGGGACGGCGAACUCAUGCUCACUGCAGCGUGUUGCUGUUUACAUCUGCUGCGUGGGGAACCUUUUAGAGGAUGUCGUUGCGGUCGUAGAGGACUUCUGCAGCCGCCAGAUUGAGAGGAGGGAGCGGUCUGGCGGACGCCGCUGCACACAGCCUCAGUAAUGGCGGCAUGGCAACAUUCCCAAGACCGGGGGUGGCCUCGUCCUCGUCCACUGCUUUUUCUAUCCAUAUUCUAUCUUGUGUUGCUUCCAGCAGCAGCCGUCGUCGUUCAGCACGAAUGGGAGAGAGAAAAGAAAAGAAAAGGAGGAGCUGAUGUCACGACGCAGAAAGCUCCACGUUUGAUCUGACCUCUGACGUCGGAAUCGGAACGUCCUGCACUGCACACAAUGGAAGGAGCAGCCGGCGGCCAGCGAGCGCUCGGACCGAGGCACCUAUCCAGCUGACAAAGACCGGUUCUGGAGGCAUGACGCGUCAGCUCGUGCGGCUGCUCUGCUCCGGGGACCGACGGGACCCCCCCCAAUGAGAUUUUACUAGAGCAUAGGAUGGAGCGCCGUCGUUUUUCACAAACUUGUUGCACCCAGAAAAUGUAUGAACUAGUCUCCAAAUAAUGACUGGGCUCGGACUGCUAAUUGACUAAGGGCAUGUACAACCCAGAUACUGCUGCACAGUACUCCAAGUAUAAGAUACAACUAAAACACAACAUAAUACAGUGGUCAUGUCUAAAACAUGUGUCUUACGAUAUUUAUUGUACCAAUCAGAGCAUUCAAUAAAUUAAAGUGACCAAUCAGCUAGUCUCCUGUCUCGAACAUAGAGCUAAGACACUGUGUCUUCGUCAAGAUACGUGUCUUGAGUUUUUUUACAUUCACCCCCCUAGACACACUGUAAGACACAACUUAAAACACCCACUGUACAUGCCCUAAUGAUAUCGUCAUCAAAA